GAUGCCUUUGGAUAUCAUUCCCCGAGCGGACUGGCAGGCUGAGGUGCCUACCAGUAAACUGCCUCUGCUUACCCCAGUGGAGAGUGUGUUACUCACCUACACAAGCACAGAUCCUUGCACCUCCGAGGACGACUGUAAGAAACUGCUCAGGGACAUCCAGAAGAAACAGAUGGAAGAACAGAGUAUGCCAGACAUCCAGUGGAAUUUCAUGAUCGGAGCCAACGGUUCAGUGUUUGAAGGCAGAGGAUGGAACACUAACGCUACCAAGGAGCCCGAACACACACCUCUUGACUUCAAGUCGCUGGACAUAGCAUAUAUAGGCAGAACUAAAGAGAAGGACGUGACGCCAGAGAUGAUUGGAGCGGUGAGCGAGUUGAUCCGUUAUGGAAUCGAAAACAAACAUAUCAACGACACUUUCGACUACGUAGAGAGCAAGGACUACACUAACUUUGUGGCAUAAACUCUACCGAAUGUAUAUUGUUAAUGUUUAAUAUAAAAGUAAAAAUAUUGUAAGCGGAA